AUGACUGAUGCCGUGCCUGUUAUUGCCAUUCCUGUCACAUGCUGGUUUUUCUGGGAGAUAGUACUGCCAUUGGCGGACCGUCAAUCGUGCAUGUACCUUUACAUGGCCAGAACUCCAUCCGGUAUUGCAUGUUUCGCUAAAACGGCAUCGGAAUCCCGUCUUGGAUCGAAUGUACCGUCGUACACAUGGCUACCGAAUCCAAAGCAUGAUCUAAGGACAUGGAUCUGCGCUCGCUGCUUUGUAUAUGAUGCUAUAGACGAGGCUACUGACAUUGAUAAGUGUCAAUUCUGCGCGCUCUCCUGGCAUGAUCUGGAACCCCAGAGAUCCGAUGCGCCCAACACUUUGUGGGGAAUUACGGUCGCUCCGAACUAUGACUGUCCGAGACAUGAUCAUCAGAACCAGAGCGAAUACCGUGGUUCAAAGGACCUAACGACCGAUUCGAGGAAUAGUCUCAAGCUCGACCAGACUAGGUAUGAAUACUCAAUGCCAAACCAGGUGCAAUUCGAAUACAGCAGGAGUAUCAAGUUCGAAGAAGGCCAUAACUACGAGUAA